CAAACCCGACCCGUCAACCGUUUUUGCCAUGGCUAUUCCUUCUCUUCUUCCUUUCCCCGUUUCCUUUGCUGAUCUCUUUCUCCUCCUCCUCCUCCUCCUCCUCCUCCUCCUUUUCCUUCCACUCUCCGAAGCCCAGUUUUCCCUCUCCCGUCCCAGCUCGUGUCGCCAUAGUCGCCUGCCAUCGCAUGUCACCGUUGCAGCCGUGCCUAAAGGAGUGUGAAACUAGGUCAUCGGUUUGAACCUUGGAGAUAAGUUGUCAAACAGUACAUACUUGGGCAGGCGUCAAAAUUUGCAGCUUCAGCGGUCUUUCUUCACUUGAAUUUGUUGUACUUACAAUGGAUGUAGAACGGUCUGAAUUGAAGCAUGAAAGGAGUAUGGAAAGGGAUUGUGAUGACUCACCCAUGACAGAGUACCGGGGAGAAGUUUUUGGUAUUUUGGAGGAAAAUGGGAUGGAAAAAUCAAAAGAGUCGAGCAAGCAUCGGAGCAAGGAUAAAAAGAGCCGAAGGGAGGAGAAAGACCACAGGAGUAAAGAUCGGGAAAGAUCGAAGGUGAGUGAUGGCUCAAAAGAGAGAGAAAAGGAGGCUAAAGAUUUGGAAAAAGGCCAAUUGUCCAGCCAUGAAAGGAGGAAGGAAGAUAAAGAAGACCGUGAGAAGGAUAGGAAUAAAGAUAAGGUAAGGGACAGGGAUUAUGAAAGAGACAAGCAUAGAGAUAAAGAGUCUCAAAAGGACAAAGAUAGGAGAGAUCGAGGGAAGGAGAAAGACCGUGACAGGGACAGAGAGAAGGAAAGGGACAGUGAGCGAGGUCGGGACAAAGAGAGGGGGAAGGAGAAGAGUAGAGAUAGGGAUAAAGAAAAAGAAAAGGAAAAAGAUAGGGAUAAAGAUAGAGCAAAGGAUCGGGAAAGGGGAAAGGAGCGAGAGAAACAUAAAGACCGAGAGAAGGAGAAAGAGUAUGAGAAGACUACGGAUUGUGUACUUGAGAGAGAGAAGGGAAAAGAGAAAAUUAUGGACAAGGAGAGGGAGGUUGAUCAAGAUAAGGAGAGGUCUAAAGAUAGAGAGAGAGUUAGUAGGAAAGGUCGUGAUGAAGGACAUGAUAGGAGCAAGGAUGGGGGAAGGGAUGAAAAGCCAAAAUUAGAUAGUGAAGAGAAUAGGGAUGGGGCCAAGCCAUGGAAGGGUUAUCGUUAUGAUGAGGAUAUCAGGACAAUUGAGCGUGAGCAUAUAGUUGAGGGUGCAUUAAGGGGAGCACGCACAUCAGGCACAGAGCUUAAGGAGCGCAUUUUGAAGAUGAAGGAAGAAAGAUUGGAGAAUAAGAAUAAGUCUGAUGGUGGUUCUGAAGUUUUAACAUGGGUUAGUAGGAGCCGCAAGCUUGAAGAGAAAAGGAAUGCUGAAAAGGAGAAAGCCUUGCAGCUGUCAAAGGUUUUCGAGGAGCAGGAUAAUAUUGAUCAAGAAGAAAGUGACGAUGAUGCUGCAGCUCAGCACACUGCUGAAGAUCUAGCGGGUGUUAAAGUACUUCACGGCCUUGACAAAGUCAUUGAAGGUGGGGCAGUUGUUUUGACACUCAAAGAUCAGAACAUACUUGCUGAUGGUGACAUUAAUGAAGAGAUUGAUAUGCUUGAAAAUGUUGAAAUUGGAGAGCAGAAGCAGAGGGAUGAGGCUUACAGGGCUGCAAAAAAGAAAACUGGGAUUUCUGAAGAUAAGUUUGAUAACGGGCUUACCUCAGAAAAGAAAAUGCUUCCACAGUACGAUGAUCCGGUUGCAGAUGAGGCAUUAACAUUGGAUCAAAGAGGGCGCUUCUCAGGGGAAGCAGAGAAGAAACUCGAAGAGCUCCGUAAAAGGAUACAGGGUGUUUCCUCAAACAGUCACUAUGAGGAUCUCAACUCUUCUGGGAAGUUCUCGUCAGAUUAUUAUAGUCAUGAAGAAAUGCUACAAUUUAAAAAGCCUAAGAAAAAAAAGUCCUUGAGGAAGAAGGAGAAGCUGGAUAUAGAUGCCCUUGAAGCAGAAGCAAUUUCUGCUGGGUUGGGUAUUGGUGAUCUCGGUUCUCGGAAUGAUGGGAAGAGGCAGGCUAUCCGAGAGGAGCAAGCAAGGUCUGAGGCUGAAAGGAGAAGCAAUGCAUACCAAUCAGCAUACACUAAAGCAGAAGAAGCAUCAAAAGCCCUCCGUCUAGAUCAAACUCUCACAGUCCAGUCGGAAGAAGAUGAGAAUCCUGUCUUUGGCAAUGAUGAUGAGGAUCUCUAUAGAUCAUUGGAAAGGGCACGGAAGUUAGCUCUUAAAAGGCAGAAUGAAGAGGAAGCAUCAGGUCCCCAGGCUGUUGCAUUGCUUGCUUCUGCCACGGGUACCAAUCAAACUGAAAAUGCUCAAAAUCCUGCUUCUGGAGAAUCACAUGAGAACAAGGUUGUACUCACUGAGAUGGAAGAGUUUGUGUGGGGUCUUCAGCUUGAUCAGGAAGCACAUAAGCCUGAUAGUGAAGAUGUUUUUAUGGAGGAAGAUGAGGUACCAAAAGCUUCUGACCAAAAAAGAGAAGAUGAGCCUGGGGGUUGGACAGAGGUAAAAGAUAAUGAGAAAGAUGAAAACCCUGUUAAUGAGGACAAGGAGGAGAUUGUUCCAGAUGAAACUAUUCAUGAACCUGCAGUAGGAAAAGGAUUAUCUGGUGCACUUCAGCUGCUUAAAGAGCGAGGAACACUGAAAGAAAGUGUUGAAUGGGGUGGCAGAAAUAUGGACAAGAAAAAGAGCAAGCUUGUUGGUAUUUAUGGUGAUGGACAGAAAGAGAUACGUAUUGAGAGGACGGAUGAGUUUGGACGAAUUCUGACACCAAAGGAAGCCUUUCGUAUCAUUUCUCAUAAAUUCCAUGGGAAAGGACCUGGCAAAAUGAAGCAAGAAAAGCGCAUGAAGCAAUACCAAGAAGAGUUGAAGUUGAAGCAAAUGAAAAACUCAGACACACCAUCACUUUCUGUGGAGAGGAUGAGGGAAGCUCAAGCUCAACUCAAGAUGCCCUAUCUUGUUCUUAGUGGGCAUGUUAAACCUGGGCAAACCAGUGAUCCUAGAAGUGGAUUUGCUACUGUCGAGAAGGAUCUCCCAGGUGGAUUGACACCUAUGCUUGGUGAUAGAAAGGUUGAGCAUUUCUUGGGGAUUAAGCGCAAGGUUGAGCCUGGAAAUAUGGGCUCAUCAAAGAAGCCGAAGAGCUAAUUUUUCUCUAGAAACUUCCAGCUAAUAUUCGUGGGAGUUCUGAGGCAUUUUUGGAUAGAAGCACCAUCAAAUGAAUUUUUCUUUUGUUCUUCUUUUAUUUUCUAAGUGUGCUCAUAAUUAAGGCUUAUGAUAAUGCAAAUAGCUAAUCUGUACUGUAGUGGGCUCUAGGUGUAGAUUUGUAGAUUAAAAUUUUAUUUGUGGCAGAAAAGAGUCAUUGCUGGAUCUAACAUGCAAUUUGGUGUGUGUGUGUGUGUGUGUGUGUGUGUGUGUGUGUUUGUUUGUGUGUGAAGAUAGCUAUAAAUUCCUUUUUGUCACAACAA